AUGGUGUACCCCAAAACUAUCCUUCUCGCUAUGAUCACCGUACUUCUGGAACAAGCCGACCAGUCUAACCGUUACUCCAAUGCCCCCGGCGGCGCGAGGACGGAGUCUCGGGGCGGUUUGAUCCGGGUGGUCGUCAAGCCGUCCGACGCCCGGGGUAAAGCCACUGGCCCCGGCGGCACGGGCUCGGUGUUUCGGGAACCGACCGGGAUAAAGCCACUGCCCCCGGCGGCGCGAGCUACGGAGCUUCCGGGCGCAGUGACCCGGGUGGUCGUUAAGCUGACCGACGCCCGGGAUAAAGCCACUGGCCCCGGAGCAAGCACGGAGUUUUCGGGCGGGCUGCCCGGGUUGGUCCCGCCGCCCGACGUCGCCCAGCCUAACGCCACUGCCCCCGACACGGGAAGGUACGUGUUCCCUGGCGGGUUGCCGGGAAUGGUGGUCACGCCAGUCCGGGAUAUGGAGAUCCUGGAGGAGAGCUAUGCUCGCGUUAUGGAGAUCAGGAAACACGUGGUCACAGACUUCGAGGUUGCUGACUGCACCACCACUGGAGAUGAAAUGGGGAACGAAACAACUACCAUCUACUGCCCGGUUGGUUGCGCCGCUCAUGUCAAAGCCACCGUGUGGGGAACUGGAACAUACAAAUGGGACUCGUCCAUGUGCCGCGCCGCCAUACAUAACGGGAAGCUUGAUGACUCUGCUGGCGGAUUUGUCACGGUGGACAAGCGGCCGCUCGGGAUGAUGUUUCCCGGGUCCGUCCGGAACGGCGUCCGGUCAACCCUCGCCGUCAUCAACGCCAAUCGCUUUCCUAAGGGAGACAAGAAGUCGUUCGUCUUGCGGAAAUAUAAGUUCGGGGAGUGAGAAAUCCGUCGUACGACCGUGUCACAACUGUUGCACGACUCAUUGAUAUUCUUGAGACAGUCUUGUUUCUGUCGUGCAAUAUUCGCCUGUCUCGUGACAGAAAACAUUUCCUGUAGACCUUUGUCGGCAGUAGGUUCUGUGGCAUACAGUUUCUCUC